AUCUCUUCAGUCAUGGCAUCGUACGAGAACGAGAAGGGCACUCAUGAAGCCAUCGAGCGUGUAGAUACGCACUCUUCGAACGAGGACAAUGCUCAUCGCUACCCUCUGGAGAAGACGGAGACCCACGAGACCAUCGCUGCCGUAGACAUCGACAACAAUCAAGCCUUCAAGGGCGAUGACAGCGAUGGCAAGGUCCAGUGGACUGCGAAGAAGCUUCUCGCAGCAGCAUCCUUAUCCAUGCUGUACACCGGCUCCCAAAUCCCUCUCUACUUCGUCGGCGGAACUCUUUCCUACAUAUCCGCAGAUAUCGGAGGAGCCGACGUCAUCGGCUGGCUCCCCGUUGCCAACACCCUUGCCAUUGCCUCCGUGGCACCCUUCGUCGGCUACCUUCAAGAUUUGUUCGGCAAACGCUACAUCUCGCUCUUCGGCGCUCUGCUGCUUUGCGUGGGAUGUGUCGUGCUGGGCACCGCUCACAGUCUCGGUCCUGCUUUGGUGGGCAUGGCCAUGGCUGGCGGUGGCGCGGGUAUUGGAGAGUUGACAGGUCUGGCUGGCCUCGCGGAGACAGUGCCCGUCAAGCAGAGAGGCUACUCUUUGGCCGUCCUCACCGCGUUUGUCUUGCCAUUCUGCCCAUAUGUGAUGUACAGCGAGAUGUUCUGUACUCGUGGGUCGAACCCAACUUGGAGAUGGGGCAUCUGGAUUUCUCUCAUCUACAACGGCAUCACCUUCCUCGGGCUUGCUACAUGCUACUUCCCAAUCAAUCAUCCGCGAGCUGCUGGCCUUAGCACGUGGGAUGUCAUGAAGAAGAUAGAUAUUGUUGGUGGUCUGUUGUCCAUCAUCGGACUGACUUUGUUCCUUGUCGCCCUCCAAGCCGGUGGCUACACCCACGCCUGGACCUCCGCAUACACCCUCUGCUUACUCCUCAUCGGCAUUGGCCUUCUCGCCGUCUUCAUCGUCUGGGAAGUCAAAGUCGCUCGCCAUCCUAUCAUUCCCAAGGAACUUUUCCUCGGCCAGCGAGUUGUCGCUCCAGCCUUCGCAGUUGCCUUCGUCGCUGGCAUGAACUUCUUCUCUCUGCUUAACUUCUGGCCAUUGACCAUCUCCAACGUCUGGAAUCCAGACCCCGUACAGAUCGGAAUCCGCGGUAUUCCAGUCGGUAUGGCAACUGCGGUUGGCGCCAUCUUCUGGAACGCUCUCCUGUCUUACUGGAAGGGCGGCGCCAAGUGGGUUCUGCUCAUCGCUUCAGGCAUGUUGACAGCCUUCGGAGGCAGUCUUGCGUGCUUGAAUCCCACCAACUCCGCCACCGUUGUCACCUUGGCCAGUUUCGCUGCAUUCGGUCUCGGAGGUGUCAUCGUCCCAGCAGCUACUGUUGCCAUGAUCGCUGCUCCGGAUGCGCUCAUCACUACAUGUGCUGCGCUAUCGCUGUCCGUCAGAGCUGUCGGUGGCUCCAUCGGCUACUCCAUCUACUUCUCCAUCUUCUCCAAGAGACUCCGCACCAAGCUUCCUGUGCUCGUUGCCGGCUACGCCAUCAAGAGCGGUCUGCCAGCCUCCAGCGCCGAGGCCUUCGUUGGCACCUUCCUCACUACGCCGACCAAGAUCGCCUCCAUUCCCGGAGUCACUCUGGAGGUCAUCGAUGGUGCCAAGCUCGGCGCCCAGUGGGCUUAUGCUGAGGGCCUGAGCCUUGUCUGGUACACGAGCAUUGCAUUCGGACUUUGCGCGAUGGUCUGUUCUCUCCUCAUUCCCAACACUAAGAAGUUCGAGACAAACAGAGUUGCGGUCGAUUUGCACUAG